AUGCGCAUCGUCGACUUUGAGUACGCGGGAAUGUGCGACCCGCUCUGGGACGCGGAGCUGCUGCGCGCGUACUUUGGCGGAGCGACGCCGACGCAGGAAGAGGUGGGUCGCGUCGUGCUCUACAAGGAGCGGUGGGAGGAGGAGCACUGCCGAGGCCCGCCAAGCACGGCGUCGCUGACGCGCGCUCUCCGGCGCACGCCGCAGGCGAUGUGCGACUUGCUGUGGACGCUCUGGGGGCUGCUGCAGCACAAGAAUGGCAACCCGGCGGAGGACUUUUGGGCCUACGCGACCGGCCGCUUCGUGCGGUGCCAGCGGCUCAUGGCGAGGCCCGACUUUGCGCAGCACGUGGCCGCCGUGCGGGCGGGGCAGCCGAGCGGCUAG